AAACUGACCGGCUGUCGAUCAACACCACUGUUCGGGACCGCUAUUUCAUGAGUCUAAACCUGUUCGUACACUAGCGCACACCAUUAAAAGGGGAAAAAGCAAGAAUCGCGACCGCGCACUUAUUUAAUUUGAUACCGUGAAUUGUGUGAUGCCAGUCAGGUCGUCUGAUCCGAUUCGCGCCAGAAGUCUUAUCCGCAACAACUUGGAGAAGUCAAGCAACAACAGCCAGCAGCAGCAGCUCCUGCAAUCCAGAAUGCCCAAUAUCAAGGUCUUCUCCGGUUCGUCUCAUCCGGAUCUGGCAUCAAGGAUUGUGGACCGGUUGGGCAUCGAUCUCGGCAAAGUGGUCACCAAAAAGUUCAGCAAUCUUGAGACAUGUGUCGAAAUCGGUGAAUCCGUCCGCGGCGAAGAUGUCUACAUUGUGCAGUCCGGAUCCGGAGAAAUCAACGACAACCUGAUGGAAUUGUUGAUUAUGAUAAAUGCGUGCAAGAUUGCUUCGGCAUCGCGCGUAACCGCUGUGAUUCCCUGUUUCCCGUAUGCCCGACAAGACAAGAAGGACAAGGCAGGCGAUGAUAAGCUGGCCAUGUUGAUGAAGACCAAUGAAUGGAAGUUUCGGAGUCGUGCGCCAAUUUCAGCUAAAUUGGUAGCGAAUAUGUUAUCUGUCGCUGGGGCAGACCAUAUAAUCACCAUGGACUUACAUGCCUCUCAGAUCCAGGGUUUCUUCGACAUCCCGGUGGAUAACCUGUAUGCCGAACCAGCUGUGCUCAAGUGGAUCCGAGAGAACAUCAGUGAAUGGCGAAACUCCAUCAUCGUUUCGCCGGACGCCGGAGGCGCGAAGCGUGUGACAUCGAUCGCCGAUCGGUUAAACGUGGAGUUUGCUCUGAUUCAUAAAGAACGGAAGAAGGCUAACGAGGUCGCUUCGAUGGUUUUGGUCGGUGACGUUAAAGAUCGUGUUGCCAUCCUUGUCGACGAUAUGGCCGACACCUGCGGCACAAUUGUUCAUGCUGCCGAUAAGUUGGUGGAAGCAGGGGCAACCAAAGUGUAUGCUAUUCUCACUCAUGGUAUAUUUAGCGGACCCGCUAUAUCACGAAUAAAUAACGCUUGUUUCGAGGCCGUCGUAGUGACCAACACCAUACCACAGGACGGUCACAUGAAAGACUGUCCGAAAAUCCAGUGCAUUGACGUAUCUAUGAUGUUUGCAGAAGCCGUCCGACGAACUCACAACGGCGAAAGUGUUUCCUAUCUGUUUUCGAACGUUCCUUAUUAAGGAAAAUUUUUUUCUAGACGCUAAAACGCCCAGGACUAGUGUCAGAAGCCAUGUAUUCUAUAAACUAUUCUAAAUUUCAUUAUUGAACAUAACAAAAACACCAGAAAAAGAACCUAAAAUAAAUUGGAGAUCAUAGCGAUUAAAAAGACCAUUUUUAAUGUAAUGUCAAAGAACACACUAACUAUCUGUGACGAGAAAGUCCACAAAUUUGAACAUUGUUUUCGAAAAAAAAAGGUACACUUAGGCUAAGUCUCACAGUUAUAAAAAUAUUAUGAUUUGUCAUAGAAAAAAUCAUCUUAUACAAAAAAAGAGCUAGACACAGCGCAACAAUGCGAUGAUCGCUUCCACCCUAGGGUAGUAGUAGAGGAACCUAAGGUUUACUCAAAGCAGCCAUUUCGUUUUAUUCUGCGCACAGCGUGGAUUUAAUAUAAUUCGAAUAUAGUGUUUAAAUGAUCUGGCAUCCAACAGUUCGGCGUAAUGCCCGUUUUGCAGGCUUAUCAAUACCAAUACUGAAAAUAUUUCCAAUUAUUGCACUAGAGCAUCCGCCACUGAAGUGAGAAAAAAAAAUGAAAAUUUGAAUUGAAUAAUAAGCAUCUAUUACAAAACGCGCGAAAUCAAAUUUAUUGAUUAAGGUACAACCACAAACAACAUUAAGUUUAUAUUAUUUGAUACGAAGAUUCAAAGAAAUAAAAAGUAUACUGUCAUAA